UAAGCGAUUGAUUUGUUUUAUUUAUGGUAACACAGGACCUAAUUAUAUGAAUGAAUGAAAAAAAAGGUAUCACAGAUUCGGUGAGACUCGCGAUACAGUGUUGGCUUCUAGCACAUUUUAUCUCGGCAUGGACGGCGUGAACAAGUACAAUGAAUUUUUGGCUUUGCAUAAGCCCCAACUGGAAUCCUCUGCCAUACCGGAGCAUUUUUGGCCAGCGCUCUACAGCAAACUAUCCAGGGAUAUCUUCGAUGCCGGCGAAGCCCUACAGUUGAUGCUCAUCGACUAUGACGAGGAAGAAAAUGGCGUCACCGAGGAAGAUGAUGAUGAUAGUCCGAAUCCGAAGUUUGCUCUGGAAGUGGCUCGGGAGGAGGGCGUCAAAGCUAAGGAUCCGCUGGCCAUAUAUCUGGUAGAUCAUGCCUGGACGUUUCGCAUGAAUAAUGCGCGGCAGCAGCUGGAGCAGCACGCCCAGCUGUCGGAUCGCAUGUCUGCAAUUACAGGUGUGGAUUUGGAGCAUGAGAAGCGGGUAGAUAAGAUACUUCGGCGCUUAUGGAAGUAUUGUCAUGCCUAUUCAAUAGCCAACGAAGGUUUGACGGACGAGGAACGCAUGCCCAUUUGGUAUGUUAUGGACGAGGUUGGGUCUGCAGUUAACCAUGCGGAGGAACCGAAUUUCAGGCUGGUUCCUUUUCUCUACCUCAGCACGCAAACCACAUAUAGCUUGCUUUUUCCCAUCCGGGAUUCUAAGCAAGGCGAGCAGGUCACUCGCGACUUUAUUGAAUAUGUGGCUAAGGAUGCAGUUCAGCGUCCAGCGUUGCUGCUGCCGUGGCGUGAUGCGGACUUCAGCGACAAAACUUUUAUACAAACGGAACCUGGAGCUGAAUACUUCUCCAGUGGACAUAUACCGGAGACUUAUCCACUGGCGAAUGUUCUAUCGCCACAAAUCUCACGAUGCGACCCCUUGAAGGUUUAUGCUGAAUACGAUGUAAUACGGGCCCAUCUCACGGCUCCUGAAUUUACACUGGUCGACAAUGAGGUAGAGGCCGACGUCCUAUGGCUUACCCGUCAUUACAAAACAUUUGCGGAGCUGUCGUCGCAGACGCCCAACAAGUUCAUCAAUCAGUUUCCUUUUGAGUAUGUGAUUACCAUCAAGGAUCUCCUCAGUAUUGUAGCGCGACGAGCAGCCAAAGAACAUCACAAUUCCGAAACAUUGGAGACCCUGCCCUCUUGGCUGCCCACCACAUACAAUUUGACCACGGAGCUGCUGGAAUUUGCCUCGUAUUAUCAGCAUCGUGCAGCUAAGGGAUUGGACAACCAUUGGAUAGUUAAACCCUGGAAUCUGGCACGUGGACUUGACACGCACAUUACCAACAACAUUAAGCAAAUUGUGCGUUUGCCCGCAACUGGUCCAAAAAUCGCCCAGAAAUAUAUAGAGCGACCGGUACUCUUUAAAAGAUACGAAUUGGAUGCCCAAGUGAAGUUCGAUAUACGCUAUGUUAUACUCAUGAAGUGUGCUAAGCCGCUAGAGGCCUAUGUGCAUCGCAAAUUCUUCUUGCGGUUUGCCAAUCGCCCCUUUUCGUUGGACAACUUCGAUGACUAUGAAAAGCACUACACGGUUAUGAACUAUCAGGAAAAUGCUGAGCUCCAUCACAUCAAGUGCGACGACUUUGUGGGAAUGUGGCAGGAGCAGUAUCCGGACAAUGAAUGGAGAAUUGUGGAGCAACAGAUAUGCCGAAUGCUGCACGAGGUUCUACAAUGUGCCACCAAAGCGCCGCCACCUUGUGGCCUCACCCCUUGUCCCCAAUCCCGUGCCUUAUACGCGGCUGACAUAAUGCUGGAAUGGAAUUCCAACAGCGCCGGCAAAAAUGUGAUGCAACCGAAGUUAUUGGAAAUCAAUUGGACGCCUGAUUGUCAACGAGCAUGUGAUUACUAUCCCGAAUUCUUCAAUGAUAUAUUCAAGUUGCUAUUUCUCGACGAAAAGAACGAUGAAAGCUUUAAAUUGUUGACUGAAAAUUAAUCACGGGAUCUAACGUACUCGUAAUAAAA